AUGGUAAAAGAAAAGCAACAAUGUCAAUUAGCUUUAACUAAACCAACCGUUGAAAACGUAAUACCGUAUACGCAAUAUAAAAAGACGCAACCACAGUUCAAUAAUGAAUCCACAGAUGAUCUACUUUAUGAUAAUAAUGGACAUCAUUUAAUCCUAUUUGGUGGUGGUAGAGACUUAGUAUUAACUUUAUUGAAUACCACGAGCACCGCCACUACGAGCAACGCUGCAAGCAGUACUACUAGUAGAAUGGAAAAUGUGGAAUUAUUUAUUUUGAAUAGUAGUAUUGUAUUAUGGUUUGGUAUCUUAGGUCAUGGUUUGGAAAUCCCAUAUACAAGUUGUAUAUAUCAUGGAACUAAAUCAAAUAAUCAUGAAAGGGAUGGGCAUAAAUUGGAAAUUUUAUUGACGUUAGAACGUGAUCCUAUUUUAAAUGAAUUUUUCCCUAGGGACCAUAUGGAGGGGACAACUUUUAAUUAUAAUAAUAGUGCUGGUGACGGCGAUCUAUCAAGUAUUGAACUUCUUUUGAAACCAAAAUAUUCUACAUACGACAGACACUAUAAUCAAGAAAUAGAGACGUUAUUUACAUUUGAAAAUUUCGGUAUUAAUAGAGGUGAUGAAUUAGUGCUUAACUGCCAUGAGGCAUUAUCCUUGGGGAUGGAAGUUCAUGGGAGUGAAUUCGAAGAUACUGAUAAUGAUGAUGAAGAUAAUACCGAACUGGAAUCGGAAGCUGUUUUCACUGGAUUAAGUGGUAUUCUGAAGAGUCAGAAUACAUAUCUUAAUGCAGGAUUAGCUGAUGACCUGGAUGGCGAUUCUACCAUGGAUAAUGUGUUUUCUAACGAUAAUUAUGAAGCUGGAAUGUCUAUGGAAUUUUAUAACAACCAGCCUGCGACGGGAAGGAAAAAUCCUAGAAGUGACCAUCCACAUCUUUGA